CGGGGUGGGGGCGGGAAAUGUCACUGCCGCGCUGCGAGUCAAGGCCGUCGGCAAGCAGCAGGAAGCAGAAACGCGGGGUAUCAGCGGCAGCAAGAUGUGGUGGGCGCCAGCCUUUAAGAGGAGAGGGCUAGACCUAGACCAAGUCUAGGACUAGCACUUGGUAUGGUCAUCGAACAGAGCCGCUGCGUGGAGUGGUAGCACAUUGCCUUAUCCCUUGGCCGCGGGCUUCCAGUGGCAGCCGAGCAGCUGAGCCCUCGUGCUGGUGGCAGAAUUAAUUUUUUUCUUAUAAAUUUGGAGGAAUGAUGUAGACUACGACUGAGCCUAAAAGGGGCCUGCUGGCCUGUUGUUACUUUGAAAAAGCUUUUUACAUUCCUUCAAUGCCUAACAUUGCAGACUCUCAGCUAGAGAGUGGUUCUGGAGAAAAUGAUCAUGGAUCAGGAAGAAAGGCGUCAGAAGUGAAUCGUCAUGGUAUUGUAAAACCAUUUUGCACUGCAGGUGCCUCAGUUGCCUCUCUGGGAUCUAGUGGGGACCGGCAUUAUCCAUGGGGGUGUCCUGUAACUCACACCCGAGAAAAGUUUUACACUAUCUGCUCAGACUAUGCUUUUUUAAACCAGGUAACAUCUAUUUGCAAAAGCCCAAGUGCUACAGUUAGUGCCUGCUUACAAGACAAUGCUGCCUUAAAUGUUGGAAAUAAUUCUCUGGGUUAUAUUGGCAUUCGAACUGGCACAUCAGACAUCGUUUACAAUGAAGAUGCUAAUCUGGAAAGUUUGUCUAGCAGCCUUGGAAAACUCCCACUGGCAUGGGAGAUUGAUAAGUCUGAAUUCAGUGAUACAUCCCCAGACUUGAAGAAUCGAGCAGGCAACAUGAAGAAGCAAGGAACCAAGAAAAUGUCUGUAGAUAAAAAAAGUAAACAGUACAGAGAAUGUCCACAGCAUUAUGCCCUUGAAGAAAUAAAACAACGAAAAGUAUUAGAUCUUCGCAGAUGGUACUGUGUAAGUCGGCCACAAUAUAAGACAUCCUGUGGAAUUUCCUCUUUGGUCUCUUGCUGGAAUUUCCUAUACAGCACAAUGGGGGCUGGAAACUUACCUCCUAUCACUCAAGAAGAAGCUUUGCAUAUAUUGGGCUUUCAACCUCCUUUUGAAGAAAUUAGAUUUGGUCCGUUUACUGGAAAUACAACAUUAAUGAGGUGGUUCAGACAAAUUAAUGAUAAUUUUCAUGUGAAAGGAUGUUCAUAUUUUCUCUAUAAACCUCAUGGGAAGCAUAAGACAGCUGGAGAGACUGCUUCAGGAGCUUUAACAAAACUAACACAAGGACUGCGUGAUGAAUCGAUAGCCUACAUUUAUCAUUGCCAAAAUCAUUAUUUUUGUCCAAUUGGAUUUGAAGCAACCCCAGUAAAGCCUAGUAAAGCAUACAAAGGGCGUCUCUUACAACAGGAAGUGGAACACUGGAUCCUCAUUGGUGAGCCUAGCAGAAAGCAUUCCACUAUUCACUGUAAGAAAUGGACAGAUAUUGUAACUGACUUAAACACUCAAAAUCCUGAAUACCUAGAUAUUAGGCACUUGGAAAGGGGCCUUCAGCAUCGGAAGACAAAGAAGGUAGGAGGAAAUCUGCAUUGUAUCAUUGCUCUUCAGAGGCUUAACUGGCAACGGUUUGGUCCCUGGAACUUUCCAUUUGGAAACACCAGGCAAGACUUGCAACCCCAGUCACACACACAGGGUAUGGCCAAAUCUGAGAGCGAAGACAAUAUCUCUAAGAAGCAGCAUGGGCGCCUGGGUAGAUCUUUCAGUGCUAGUUUCCACCAGGAGUCUGUCUGGAAGAAGCUUUCCCAUCUUCACGAAAGGCGGAAUAGUGGUUUUCAGAGUUACACUGACUGUGAUGGGAAUGAUUAAAAGGAACUACUUGUCUAAGGGCGGUAAUAUAAAAUAUUCCUCAGAUAUGGUAAUGCUUAUGCACAGAGUAGGGAAUGGAUAGUGAUUUCAGUACAGAAUGCAAUCUUAGGAAUGUUUGUUGCAUUAAAUAUGUGAAUAGUUAUGCUGGGAAUGAUGAGAGAUGUUAGCUCAAGCACAGAAUAUUGUACACUUACAAUCAAAUAUAAUCAAUAUAAUCAGUAACAGACCCUGUGUUUCAGACCAUGAAAUCAGAACAAAGCCACAGUGAGGGAGAACUGGAACUUAUUAUGAGAAGAAAUAAUACCCAAAGCAUGAGAUGUGUUGCUUUCCAAAAUGAUUUAUUAAACAUACAUUCUAUAAUGGUGGUAAAUGUACAACGUAUAAUUGCUUUAAAAAUCUCCAAAAUGCAAUAAGGACAUGGUCUCCUACAAAACUUAGGAAGCAUCAGAUGUUAAAUGUAUAUAAUUUAGUGGUCUGUUCAUUUGGAACAUUGUUCUGUAAAACUUGAGUUGUUUGCAUUAAAUGGGGACCUUCUUUAACAGUUAGAAGCAAUGAUGUUAUGAUUCCUCCUGGAAAGAAGAGGUAGCUGCUUGCUUCAUUUUUAGAGGGGGGAGAAAAAACUAUCACUGCCAGGUGUAUACUCUUCCUGCACCUUUUUGGUGUAACCUGAAUUCACUUCACAUUUGAUAGGCUGCUUGUAAAGAAACCCUCAACUCAUCUUAUUUGCCAACCCAAAGAGCACCUGAACUUGUAAUCUUGGGCUGCACCUAUGGUUUUUCCCUUGUGGUUUCUGGAUCAUGUCACUCCUUUAUCUUUUAUUGUAAAUAAGGGAGAUGCUUUAAGUGCCGAAACACACUUGCAGCCACAGUGAUAUAUACCUCUUUGGCCAGAACACUGUUUGUAUUUUUUUCAAAUGACCAUGUCAAGUAGUUUUAUUUGGAAAUAUAUUUUGUUCUCAUAUGAAAACAUUUUAAUAAAAAAUACCAGUGGGA